AUGAAGGAGGCGGCGGGUAACGGUCACAUCGGAGUCGUCAAGCUACUCAAGGGAUGGGGUGCUACGGGCUUUGACGAUGCUAUGGCGUCUGCGGCGUUUGGUGGCCAUGCCGGGAUCGUCAAGUUGUGUAAAGGGUGGGGUGCGGAGAACGUUAACUUUGCUAUGGCGUACGCGGCGAGAGGUGGACAAGUUGGGGUUGUCAAGUUGUGUAAAAAGUUGGGCGCGAAGAAUUUCCAUUGGGCCAUGGAGGAGGCGGCUUGGAGAGGUCACAUUGAGAUUGUCAGGCUGCUCAAGGGGUGGGGGGCGGCGAGUUUCGAACAUGCUAUGAUGGGCGCGGCUGAGCACGGCCACAUCGGGAUCGUUAAAUUGUGUAAAGAGUGGAGCGCGACGGGCUUCAGCGACGCCAUGGGUAGCCCGGCGAGGAACGGUCACAUCGAAAUCGUCAAGCUACUCAAGGGGUGGGGUGCUACAAACUUUAACCACGCUAUGGCGUGUGCGGCGGUUGGUGGCCAUACCGAGAUCGUCAAGUUGUGUAAAAAGUGGGGUGCGACGCGUUUCAACGACGCCAUGGUACACGCUGCGCGCCGCGGUCACGCGGAGAUUGUGAAGAUGUGCAAAGAGUGGGGUGCGACGAAUCUCGGUACAGCCAUGUGGUGCGCGAUGAGUGGAGGUCAUGUUAGGGUCGCGGCGAUGUGUCGCGGUUGGUUGCCCACCUGGGGCGCGAUCCACGAAGAACUGUUCAAGUACCACCACAAACGCAGAUUUCUCAGGGACCUUGAGGACGAGCUUUUACCCAAGACUUGGCAUCCAGAUAGGUUUUGGGAUUGGUGUCUUGAUGAGCAAGAGAAGGAAAUGUUGGAAGAGUGUUUCGGUGGGUAG